AUGGAUCCUCUCGUGUGGGAACUCAAAAGACCCCUUUCCGACCACGAGUGGACAAUGCUCAAGGCUCCUCUCUUCAAAGCUUUGUGGGACUUUAUGCCCGCAAAAAGUGAUUCUGCGUCGGCUGACGCCCUUUUGGACCACUACUUCAGCCAACUGAAUCUGAUCGAGGCUUACAACCUGAAUUUACAAAAACAUGAAGAUAUAAUACAACUUGUACAGUUUAUCAAGGACAAUACGACCCUUCGUCGUGAGCUUCUUUAUAAGGAGUUCACAAAAGGCCAUGGUACUUUGCUUGGACCUGUGCCAAAUUCAGCAGAGAAAAUGAUUGAACUGGCUACAAGGAUAUGGUUAAUGCUCACACCUGACGAGUGGAACAACAACAAAACUCUGGAGGAAUUUAUUCAUGACAGCUUCCCGCGAGGUGACAAGGCUACAUCCGACGCAAUAUUUCCUAUGACGAUCAAUGCAUAUACGCUGGAGCGCAUUGGCGGCUUUCAUAUUGUGUGGACAGAUAACAUACAGGACCAUCUAUCAUUGUUAAUGAACCAUGGACAAAAAGAGCUACGAAUAUUCCAUCUGACAUCUUUCUUACGGAACUACAAAUGCUCCCUAGAAAGUGGAAUUUACCCCUCGGGUUUCCUCGAUGAAACGGAGCGGACAAUCGCCCUUAUGUUACCUUCAACGAAUAUUGAGUGCCGUAAAUGGAUUCGGAAAGCUCGUGAAGAGGACAGCCUAGAUCUUGAGGCAGGUAACUCGUCUGCAGUGACUCGGGAUCUGGAAUCAUACGAUUAUUGGCGGCUCAGGCUUCUCGCAAUCAUCGAAGAGUACGACAGAACAGAGCCAACAUCACUCAAGCAAUGGGCACUGGAUAGGAGACGCCCAAACCAGCGAUACACUUUUUGGAUUGCAAUCACAGCGUUAGCCCUAGCACUUGUCUUUGGCCUUAUUCAGUCUGUGACCGGAAUUAUCCAGGUAAUCGUGGCAGUGAAGACGUCUUGA